AUGUACACCAAACUAAAGAGCUAUGCGGCCAAUUUCAUAGGGAAUACCCUUGGCUUUGACAAGGAAACAUGCAACGAGAUGGUUGAGUACUCCUUGAACCUUCAGAGCGAAGACGAGAUACAAUCGUACUUUUUCAAUAUUCUUGGAGACUCCGAAAAUGUACUUCGAUUCAUUGAGACAUACUUUUCGCUCAAGCAAGAGGAGGAUUCAUUAAGAAAGAAGGUAAGCGUAGAACCGAAGUCACAGAAAAAGAAUGAGAAAGCCGGGGUUUGGGGACAAUCGGAACCAGAGACACCGAAACAGAGCAGAGGACGACUAGCAAACAAUACUACAUCAGCCACCACGUCUGAACUACUUUCAUUGAAACCAUCGAACCAGCUUUCUGCCCAGCAGGCGAAAAGAGGCAAAAAGAAGAAUUUGAACAAUUUGAAAGACGUUGAAGCUGCGCUUAACGAACUUGAAUCUGCAUCGGGAAAGGAUGAAAUUUUGAAAGGAGUGGUUCGGAGAUGUAAUUGCAUGGCCACCAGGCACCCAUUAUUCGAGGUGGCUCCCAACUGUCUCAACUGCGGCAAAAUCAUAUGUGAAAAGGAAGGUUUGCAACCGUGUUCUUACUGCGGCCAAGAGCUCUUAAGCCCAAAAGACAAACAAGAAAUCAUAGAGAUUUUGAAACAGGAACGAGAUUCUGUGGAAAAGAAGCAGGAGAAGGUUCGCGACAAAGCAGUACAGCAACAGGAAUCUCCAGCUCAACGUAAAAAGAAGAUUGUGGUUCAAAUGAGAGCAGGUGAAAAUAUGUGGAAAGCACAAGACAGAGCAUUGAAAGAAGCCGAGGAAGCCCGCAAGAAGGAGAAGAAGGACAAAGAAGAAGACGAGCAGCACCAGCGUGAAAUUGAGGCUCAAGAAAAAGAACUUGAACGGUACGCUUCAGAAAAAGAUGUGGAUGCUGAUCUUAUAAAUGCCCAGAAUCGUCUUGAAUCGUUGCUAGACUUUCAGGCAACUGGUGCUGAAAGGACCAAAAUCAUCGACAACGCUUCUGACUUUGAAAUGCCAACUCUCUCGAACAGUGGAAGUAUAUGGCUUUCUCCCGUGGAGCGUGCUCUUCACUUGAAAAAGCAGCAGAAGAAUUUGAGGAAAUACGAACAAAUUGAAGCCUCGAGAAAGGGUCGAGGAAAAAAGGCAGUUGAAAUGGUGAUAAGAGAUGGAAAGGUGACUAUGGUUGAAAAAUGGGUAGCUGACGAUACUGAAACACCAUCUGAGACUAUAGCAGAUGAUGAACUUGUGGAACCAAAUAAGCCAGAUACAGAAGUUAAAAAGUACUGGGAUUAUGAGAAGGAUCACAACAAGUGGGAGAAACCACAAUACAAGCACAGCGUCCAGCAGGAUAAUGACACACUGCAAGAGGAACCGAUUCGUAAUCGGGUUCAGUUUCCCAAAGGUGGAGACGAUGAACUACUUGUAAUGAUGCCUUCUUGA